AUGAAUUCCACAAAGAAUCUUGUUCCAACUCCAAUGAUAUAUUCAACUAUGGCAUUAUCAAUUAUAGGAUUAAUCGGGAAUAUGACUAUUGUACUUGCCACUGUUAUUAGUAAACGUCUCCAAUCGAGAUGUAAUAUAUUAAUUGGACUUUUGGCACUUUCUGAUGUUGUAGUUUGUACUUAUUUGAUUCAUUUACGAGUUUUGAUGUUCUUGGACAUGUACAUGUUGACUUCAACCCAGUGUUUCCUACUUUCUGCCUAUGGUUUAUUUGCUCUAAAUAUGCAAAGUUCAUUGUGCCUUAUUAUAGGAUUAGAUAGACUUUAUAAUGUCACCUACCCUUUGCGAUAUUCCCAACUUCCAAACUCAUUUUACAUUGCCCUUUUCCUUUUUUGCGUGGGAUUUUCCGUUCUUAUCACUUAUUCCGGAUAUUCUUAUGCUUCGGAUUCAGAAAUAGUUCUAGUAUGCUUACCACCAACAGCUUAUACCGAUAAAUCUAGAAUUAUAUGGAUUGGUUCGAAUUUUAUUAUUGCAAUUUUAGUCAUUUUUGUGUAUGGUGGUGCACAAAUUCGUUGUCGGAUUUUGAGAGCCCGUCACGUGCACGAACAAUCUAUGGAUGCAGUGAAUCGACUGCUUAAAUCGUUGAGCAUUGUUGUAACAAUAUAUGUCUGCACGUGGUUUCUCACGAUCAGUUCACUUGUUGUUUCUCAGUUGAUUACCUUUUCACCGCCUGUCACCGCAGAAAUUAAUCGACAACUUGGCUGGCUGGUGAUUAUCAAUGCUUCACUCAAUUUCUUUGUUUAUCUUUGGAGAAAUUCAGAAUAUCGAAAAGCAUUCAUCCGACUUUAUGGACUUUCUCGACUCUUCAGCGUUGAAAAUACCUCGAUUGAUGCUGCAACACGAGUAAUGAAGUCUUCUCAUGUUCGAGUUGCAUAAUAUUUGUUUGUUUCAAUAGUGAAUUAAUAAAACAUUUUGAAUUAUCAGCAGGGG